AUGCAAUAUCCAAAAUCAGAGAUAAGUCUAUUUACAGAUUUUCAGACCUUCAAAGACGCUUUUUCAAACCAACUUCAUAGCAAAAUUGUGGAAGAAUUGGAGAAGUCUGGCAUGUAUUUUAAACCUGACGACUUGGAGGGAGAAAUAUGGUCUGUGCCAUUUUGUAGCAAUCAAAAGGUUUUCUAUGGGGAAACUGAUGAAAAAAAUAACCUUUGUGGAUAUGGAGUUAUGCUGUCUUUUAAUUGCAUUUGUGAAGGGACUUGAGAAGACGGAAAUUUGCAUGGAGAAGGGAGAAUGAUCGAUGCUGAAAAUGGGGUCUAUGUUGGUCAAUGGAGUUUUGGUGAAAAAGAUGGAAAAGGAACAAUGACUUAUUGGAAUGGAAAUAAAUACAAUGGAGAAUGAAAAAACAAUUUAAAAUGUGCGCAUGGGAUUUUAGAUGAGGGAGAGACUCAUUAUGAAGGAAACUUUGAAAACGAUUUACAAUCUGGCUAUGGAGAGCAAAUUUUUAUCGACGGUCCUGACUUCAAAGGAAACUUUCUUAUUGGAAACUGAGGACUUAUACCUAGGCCUGGGACGUAUCAGAAUGGAAGAUUUUAUGGAAAAAACCGAUGAAAUAUUCCUGGCUGGAAAUAUUCAGGAAGUUUCCAGAAUGGAAAAAGAUGAGGAUCUGGGACCAUUGAAAGACGAGAUUCAGGCUAUUUUGGGGCCUAUAAGAUGAUAUUUGAAGCGAAAUUCGAAAACGAUUUGCCUAUUGGCGAAUAUAUAUUGCAUACCGCCAAUCGAUAUAUAUCAAGAGGCGUUUGAAAUGGAUUCAGAUACACCAAUCAUAUGGACGAGGUUUGGCCUGGAAUAUUACUUGGUAGUGCUAAGGCAGCAACUAAUAGAGAGUGGCUUGAUGAGGCUCUAGUAAAAAGAAUAGUAAGGGUUUUGGACAAAGAAAAGGUGGAAUUGCUGCCUGGGUUCAAAUAUUACCAUUUAAAACUAAAAGACAGCGAAACACAAGACAUUACCGAAAACCUCGAAGAAACUUUGGAGUUUAUAAAGCAUUCAGGAGAUAAACAUCCUAGGAUCCUUGUGCACUGUUACAAGGGAAUUUCAAGAAGCCCUACAAUACUUAUUGCUUAUUUAAUGAAGUACGGAAAGCUAAGCUUUGAUCUUGCUUAUGGAAGAAUUAAAUCACAAAGAUUAUGCAUACAUCCAAACAAAGGCUUUGUUAAACAACUCAAAGCACUUAAAUUUCACUAA